CUGUGCAGGGAGCAGAAAUCGGCAUAACACCGGUCGAGGAGCGUCGUGCAGCCGCGGGGAGCGACUCUUUGUCCCGGUGAAGGUUGGCCGGUGGCCGGGGUGGUAGUAGCGGGGUUGUAGCGGGUUGUAGGGGGGUUGUAGGGGGGUUGUAGCGCGGUGGGGGCAGCCGUCUCUCCCGGGUCCAGCGUCCCUGAUCUCGGUGAGAGGAGGAACAUCAGUCAUUGUGAGGAACAUCAGCUGAUUCCCUCAGUAUCAGACGGAAGUGUCCUGACCAGAAGGAGGAGAUGGAGGAGGACGAGGCGUGGAGCUUCCUGCGGGGGUUUGUGCAGGAGUUCCCGGAGGGCCUGGAGGAGCCCAGCCCGCUGCCGCUCAGCCCGCUGAGCCGCACCGUCGCCCUGACGGAGCUGCCGGGGGAGAGUCUGGAGCUCGGCCUGCGGCUGCUGGCGUCCAGGGGUGCCCCCCCGGGCCCCGGGGCCCUCCUGUGUCAGGCGGCCCUGGCCCAGCUGCUGAAGGACGACCUGUCCCCCUGCCGUGUCCCCAAAGACGCUGAGCCCCAGGAGGAGGAGGAGAAAGAGGAGGAAGAGGCGGUCUUGCUCCAGUCCGAGUCUGUCCAGCGUCUCUUCCUGAACCGGCUGAUCAACGUGGCGCUGGUAUGGGUGCAGAACCCGCUCAGGCUGCCCCCCUGCCCCGGCCGGCCCCUCCUCUGCUCCGUGCACGCCAUCAAGAACACCAGGAGGAAGAUGGAGGACAAACACGUGGCCUUAGCUGAGUUCAACCAGCUGUUUGGACUCCAGGAUGGAGUGGAGCGCUCCUACUACGCCGUGUUCGACGGCCAUGGGGGAGUGGACGCCGCCGCCUACGCUGCUAACCACCUUCACGUAGCUCUGAGCCAACAGGAGACGCUGCAGAGCGACACGGCCGCGGCCUUUAAGAGCGCCUUCAAGCACACGGACGACAUGUUCCGGGGCAAAGCCCAGAGAGAGCGUCUGCGCAGCGGCAGCACCGGAGUGGCGGUGCUGAUCCAUGGUCAGCAGCUCACCGUGGCUUGGCUCGGAGACUCUCAAGCAAUCCUGGUCCGGAAUGGACAAGUCGUUACCCUGAUGGACCCCCAUAAACCUGACAGAGAGGACGAGAAGCAGAGGAUUGAGGACCUGGGCGGCUGCAUCACCUUCAUGGGCUGCUGGCGCGUCAACGGCACCUACGCCGUAUCCAGAGCCAUCGGUGACUUUGACCAGAAGCCUUACAUCUCUGGAGAUGCCGACUGUUCCACCGUCCCGCUGCUGGGGGACGAGGACUACGUGCUGCUGGCCUGCGACGGCUUCUUCGAUGCAGUCGGACCACCGGAGGUUCCCUCUCUGGUCCUGGACGCGCUGCAGCAGACCGGGGACCUGGGGGGGGCGGGUGACGCCCCGCCCACGUCCCCCGACCGGGCCGCGGGCCUACGGGUGGCCCAGCAGCUGGUGGCUCACGCUAAGGAGGCCGGUUCCAGCGACAACAUCACGGUGAUGCUGGUGUUCCUGCGUCCGCUGCAGCAGCUGCUGGAGCAGAACCCUGCAGGAACCCAGCCGGCCCAGACUCCUGCAGGAACCCACCCGGCCCAGACUCCUGCAGGAACCCAGCCGGCCCAGUAUCCUGCCUGACACCACCCCCUCCCCCUGAACACGCACACCAACCAGGGCUCACCAGCUCUGAGCCCGGCAGAGCCGGACUACGACUUUCCAGAACCAGCGCAUCACUUGAGUCAUGAGCCAAGCCGUCAGUGGAGCAGCCUUUUCUGUGUGUACGCGGCCGCCCAACCUGCAGACUACAUGCAGAGGUGGUAGAGGAGCCAAAAACUGUACUCAAGUAAAAGUACUGUUACUUCAGAAUAAUAUGACUCAAGUAGAAGUAAAAAGUCGUCAUCCAAAUAAUUACUGGAGUAAAAGUAAAAAAGUACUUGGUGAAAAAACUACUCAAGUACUGAGUAACUGUUGAGUAACGUCUGAUUAAUUUUUUUAACACAACCAUUCAAACAGACAAAAGUACAAAAUAAUCAUCUUCAGGCAAAUUAAAUCAAUAAAAUAAUAAAAUCAAUUAAAAUUAAUAAAAAAUAGCUUAAAUUAAAAUAAUCGUAAAGUAAAUUCAAGUACUUUAAUAAAUAAUAAAAUAAAUAAAAUAAUAACAGAAUAAAUAAAUAAAUUAAGCACAAGUAGCACAAAAUUUCCAGCCUUUGUACUUUUCUUUUUUAACCAGCAGAACUAGAACAAACAUGAACUCAUAGAAACUCUGUGUGUGUUUGAGUCUGUGUAAAUGUGACAAAACAUGCAAAAACAAACAUUUUUCCCAAAGAAUCACUCAGUGAUGUCAUGAGAUUGACGCGUACGCGGAUAAAAGGGAUAAAAGAAAAGUAACAGCUCAACGUAGCCUAAUGUAGCGGAGUAAGAGGAACAGUUUCUUCUUCACAAAUCUACUCAAGUAAAAGUAAAAAGUAUAGUGAUUCAAAACUACUCCUAAAAGUACAACAUUUCCCAAAACUUACUCAAGUAAAUGUAACUCGUUACUACCACCUCUGCUUACAUGUUUGUGUGCACCGCGUGGCCAACGCCUGUAACAGACUUAACCAGACUUUAAUGGAGUAGAUGUUUAGAGGGGACCACAUGUUCACCCCGGCUCCCAGAACGACACCACAACCCAGCUCAGAUUCACUCCCGCUCACACAGCAGCAACAGUUGUCUCUGCGCGGGUCUACAAGUCGCUGCAACAAAGAAAUUAGUGUAAAAAAAUAUGGCGAGAGUCAAAAUGUCAAAGUGAAGGCCAGUGGCUGGAGCGACUCGUGCAUCAUGGGGAUGUGGGGACGUGCAGGAUUCCAGUCAGAGCUGCAGUGGGCCGGACCUGAGCGGAGCGGCCUCAGCUCUGGACCUGAGGAUUUGAGAAGAAGCUUUUGGGUCUGACCAAAGACGACUGCUUGAAUCCCUCCGGCCCAGACUGGCGUUGUAUUCUGGCUUCAUCAGCACAGUUGGUUUUGACAACGCAACUGGUCUUGUUUUCUUUUUUUACAAAUCUAAUGGCGCUUUUCCACUAGUUCCUACUCAGCCCGACUCGUCUUGGUUUGGUUCUUUCCCACUCGGAGUCUAACUACCGAGUAGAUACUUUUCUGUAUCUAUUCUGCCGAGGUUCUAAGCUGCUGAGUGGGCUGUAUCUGACAUCAUCACACUACAGGACACCGAUUGGUCGGGGGGUUGGAGUCAGACGUCUGAGUCAGGAGGAGGAAAUCAGAGAAAGAGACUCUGACGGAUUCUGGUUCAUUUUAUUCAACCAGCAAUGGCAGCAAAAGUCUGUUUCAUGAUCCAACUCUGAGGUGCAGAUGUUCAUAAACCUGGUGCUGAGGAGAGAAUUAAAAAGGGAUCUAGACGGAGAUAAGGAACGACCAGAUCUACCAGGAGCUCUGUCUCUUCAUAGCUGCUCACGGAUCCAGCUGAAUUUUCAGCAGCAGAGACAAACUAAAUAAAUUAAAAAGGGUCGCUGCUUGAAGCUUCUGUCACUCUCAUUUGUUAACUUGAUAUCAAACACAAGUCACAGAUCCAGCAGCACAUCUAUCAUCUCCUCCAGGUUCUACAUCUUUAGUGUUGUAUUCUUCAUUUAGAUACACAAUCAAAUACAUCACAGCAGCUUCUCCAACCUCCUACUUCUGAUCUGGGUGCUGGAUUGUAGUGGAAAAGAAACCAGGCCGAGUUGAGCUGAGUAAAGCUGAGUAGGUGCUGGUGGAAAAGCGCCAUAAAGGAGCUGUUGAUAAUCACAGCCACACGUUUGAAUAAUGUGGGCGUGGCAACCACAAGGGCCGGCAUAUUCCAGCUGAUUCGAUCAACCAAACAUGUUCAUCUCACGUUCCAGUCCACCGGGUCUGGAGGUAAAUACCCUCUACCCUGUAACUAACCAGGUUAACAGCUCCUAGAUUCUAGUUGGACGUUCUCCACAAAACUAUGAAAGGGCAGAUUAGAUUUCUCUAAAACUAAGAAGAAACUCUCAGAAUCCAACUUCACUUCAAGUCCUUUUAUUUAUUUGUAUUCUUGUUAUUUUAAUGUCACUUAGUUUCUGCAGUAAGUGGUUGUGUGUUGUUGAUGCUCGACCUGCUGCAGGUGUGUUGUUGAUGUCCGACCUGCUGCAGGUGUGUUGUUGAUGGCCGACCUGCUGCAGGUGUGUUGUUGAUGUCCGACCUGCUGCAGGUGUGUUGUUGAUGGCCGACCUGCUGCAGGUGUGUUGUUGAUGGCCGACCUGCUGCAGGUGUGUUGUUGAUGGCCGACCUGCUGCAGGUGUGUUGUUGAUGGCCGACCUGCUGCAGGUGUGUUGUUGAUGGCCGACCUGCUGCAGGUGUGUUGUUGAUGGCCGGCCUGCUGCAGGUGUGUUACAGCUGUGUAAAGUGGAGUGUCCGUGUUGGAGGCUCCAGAGUCUCUGUUCCUCCGUGUCGGCUCACAUUCAGUGUUAAAGAAGAAAUCUGCAGCUCAGACGUCUUUUACUUUGUGUUCCUGCUCAGAAAACAUCGGGGUAAUGAGUUGAAUCAGUGUUAAAGGCAGGAGGUUUUUUUUUCAUUUUAAUUUUUUAUAGAGACAACUUUUGUUGUAUUAGACGCUAUGUAAAUUGAAUUGAAAUUGAAUUGAGUUUUCCAUCGGCUGCAGAGCUCCCCCUGCUGGUCACCAGAGCUCCCCCUGGUGGCUGCAGAGUGCCUUGAUGAAGUGGCUAGUUUCAGUGAUGCAGGAGGAACUUUUGGUGCUUUUCCACUAGUACCUACUCAGCCCGACUCCACUCGCCUCGGUUUGGUUCUUUCCCACUAGGGGUCCAACGUGCAGAGUAGAUACUUUUCUGUAUCUAUUCUGCCGAGGUUCUAAGCGUCUGAGUGGGCUGUAUAUGACAUCAUCACACUACAGGCCACUGAUUGGUCGGGGGGUUGGAGUCAGACGUCUGAGUCAGGAGGAGGAAAUCAGUGAAAGAGACUCUGACGGAUUCUUGUUCAUUUUAUUCAACCAGCAACGGCAGCAAAAGUCUGUUUGAUCCAACUCUGAGGUGCAGAUGUUCAUAAACCUGGUGCUGAGGAGAGAAUUAAAAAGAUCUAGAUGGAGAUAAGGAACGACCAGAUCUACCAGGAGCUCUGUCUCUUCAUAGCUGCUCACGGCUCCAGCUGACUUUUCAGCAGCGCCGAGACAAACAAAAGAAAAUUAAAAAGCGUCGCUGUUUGAAGUUUCUCUCACCCUCAUUUUUUAACUUGAUAUCAAACACAAGCCACAGACCCAGCAGCACAUCUAUCAUCUCCUCCAGGUUCUACAUCUUUAGUGUUGUUGUCUUCUUCGUUUAGAUUCACAAUCAAAUACGUCACAGCAGCUUCUCGAAACCUGCUACUUCUGAUCUGGGUGCUGGAUUGUAGUGGAAAAGAAACCAGACCAGAGUUGAGUAGAGCCGAGUAGGUGCUAGUGGAAAAGCACCAUUUUGUUCCGGUAUCGUGGGCCCAGGACCAGAAGAUGGAGCUGUGUGAGCUUGUGUGAGCUUGUGUGAGCGGCCUCUGCUCGGAGCUUUAGCUGAGGUGAAACGUAUUACUAACUAACUAAGUGCUUCAGUAUUUUAGCGGUUCAUUCUUGAUGGUCAUUGUGAGCCGCAAUUAUUCACUUAAAUUAUUUAGUGUGACUGAUGUGAUGUUUGAAAGGCUGAAUAAAAGACUGGACUGGUGUCGUGGUGCCUGCUCGGAUCACAUGACCCCAACUUAAUUUCAUAUGUUUAUGUAUAUCGCUUUUUACAUGUCAGACCUGUAAUACAUUAAAAAACAUGAUGAUGAAAAGUA